AUGUCUUCAAAUCCUGACGCGAUGUCCAGAGCACAGCCGGUCGGCUCUGUAAAGCUCUAUAGCAUCUUUGCCGGAAUUAUGAUAGCCACUUUCCUGAUAUCAUUGGAUGUCUCUAUUAUUGCUACUGCCAUUCCUUCAAUAUCAACCCACUUCCAUGCUACAACAGAUAUCGGCUGGUAUGGAGCUACCUAUCCGCUCACGAUGUGCGCUCUUCAACCUAUCAGUGGCAAGCUCUCGUCAUUACUGUCGCUGCGAUGGACAUACCUCGGGUUCUACGGCAUAUUCCUUCUAGGAUCUCUGAUUUGUGGUGUGGCAAACAGUUCCGAAAUGUUCAUAAUCGGAAGAGCAGUCGCUGGUGCUGGAGGCUCUGGGGUAGUGUCGGGUGGUCUCUCAGUCAUUGCAUUGAUAACAACCCCUCAGCAGCGUCCACUGCUCACUGGGCUGAUAACCUCUCUUUAUGCCCUGGGAACUGUUGUCGCCCCAAUUAUCGGAGGCGCUUUGGCUGAAUAUACUUGGAGGUGGUGCUUUCUAAUCAAUCUUCCAGCAGGAGCAGUGACUGUGGUGACGUUGCUUUUAUUUUUCCAUCCGCCUCAAAACACUAGGGCCCAUGGUGUGUCCUUCCUAAAACAGCUCGAUUUGAUCGGAUGUGCUCUCUUUAUACCCUCCAUCAUUAUGGUGAUGUUGGCCUUACAGUGGGGAGGUAGCGAAUAUCCCUGGGACUCAGCGACCGUGAUCGGACUCUUCAUCGGCUUUGCAGUGAUGAUAGCAAUCUUUAUCUUCUGGGAAUAUUACAUGGGGGAUCAAGCUAUGGUCCCAAUCGUGCUUCUGCGGGGCAGAUCGACAAUGCUUAGUAUUGCAUUUGCCUUUUUGUUUUUGGGGUCAUUCGUCAUUCCGGUCUACUAUCUACCGGAAUGGUUUCAAAUUGUUAAGUCUGCAAGCCCCAUUCGCAGUGGAGUCAUGCUUCUGCCUUCGGUUUGUACUCAGGUUUUUGGAUCCCUUGUCUCUGGAAUACUAGCCAAACACCUCAGAUAUUAUAAUCCGUGGCUCUUCAUUGGUUCUGCCUUUCUCUGCAUUGCGAACGGGCUUUACACAACUUUUACUGUAUCCUCAACGUCCGCAUCGUGGAUUGGUUAUCAGAUCUUCCAGGGCCUGGGUUGUGGAUUUGCAGCCCAGAUUCCUUUACUUACAGUUCAGCUUGUAUUGAAGGACAGACCUCACUACGUUCCAGUCGGGAUAGCGACUGUUCUCUUCACGCAAUACUUUGGAAGUGCGGUGAUGCAAAGCAUAGGAGACGCUAUCUUUCAGAACGAAUUGAAAAGACAGCUACAAGUUCAGGCAUCGUUGGAUUAUAAGCAGAUCGAGAUCCUUCUUAAUACUGGAACCCUAAGGGUGCGGGAAGUUGCUGUACAAGCAUUUCCGGACCGUUUAGCCGAUAUUAUCAUUGCAUACAAUAAAGCCAUCACAACUAUCUUUUAUCUUCCAAUAGCUGGUAGCGCUCUAGCAUUUAUUCUAUCCGGCGGAAUUCCAUGGGUCAAUACUCGCCCAACGCAGGAAGAUGACGAUAUGCAUUGUACAGAGCAAACUGAUAAGCUUCAGUCAGACAAGCAGGCCACUGUGUGA